GCCGAGAGCCCGGCCCCGCCCGCCGUCGGCCGGCUGGCCGGCUGGGCCAUGGAGGUCUACAUCCCGUCCUUUCGCUACGAGGAGAGCGACCUGGAGCGGGGCUACACGGUGUUUAAGAUAGAAGUGCUAAUGAAUGGAAGAAAACAUUUUGUUGAGAAACGAUACAGCGAAUUCCAUGCCUUGCACAAAAAGCUUAAGAAAUGUAUCAAAACUCCAGAAAUCCCAUCCAAACACGUUAGGAACUGGGUCCCGAAGGUCUUGGAGCAGCGGCGACAAGGUCUGGAGAUGUAUUUGCAGGCUGUCAUUUUAGAAAAUGAAGAGCUUCCCAAACUGCUUCUGGAUUUCCUGAACGUGCGACACUUGCCCUCUCUCCCAAAGGCAGAAAGCUGUGGAUCUUUUGAUGAGACGGAAUCAGAAGAGUCCAGCAAACUGUCCCACCAGCCGGUGCUGCUGUUCCUCCGGGACCCAUACGUCUUGCCUGCAGCUAGCGAUUUUCCGAACGUGGUCAUCGAAGGAGUUCUCCAUGGGAUAUUUUACCCUCACCUGCAGCCCAGGUAGAAGUCCCGCACGGCUGCAAGAAGCUAAAGCCAGUGUCCAGGUCGUAGUCAAGGAAAUUGAUACCUACCGAAUUAACCUACACUCAGUGACAUAGCAGCGUGAGCUGGUGGUGACAUUCACAGUCUCCAUUCAGGGCAGGGAUGUUUCCACUAGCAUGGUGCUUUCAUAUGUAGAAGCUGACCCAGGGCAGCGGUCAGGUGAGGGCCAAGUGUUUGAGAAGUGAGUUGGAGCUGCCAGCUUAGAUGCCUGUGACAGGAGCCCCAGUGGGCCCCCAGGGGCGGGCGUCUCACAGAACAACGUGGCCCUGUGCUGCAGCCGCACCCAGGAAAAUCACAGCCUGAUUGUCCGGAGGCGGAGCAGCUCUGGUCCGGUUCUGUCCCAAGCCCCUGACUCCCUCGUCUGCGCCCUGUGACUUUCCUGGUUGGUGAGUUCCGUUCCUGAGCUGGCAGCCCCUGGAGAGUGUCGGAGCAACGCUGAGAAAGGCGAGGAGGAGCCAGGUGGAGACUGACCUCUUCUCGCAGCAUCAGGGCAGCCAGAUAGAUACAGAAUAAAGAAUCUCGACACUUCAGCCUGCAACACGGUGGACUCGGCACCGGGCCGCCGGGGCCAGAGCCCAGGGAGAAGCAGGGUGUGAGCGUGCCCCCUGGAAAGAAGUGAGUGACCUACGGUUGGAGACCACAGGAAGUUGUCGGUGCGCGCUUAGGAGCCCCGAGUGCUGGAGGCAGAGCCGGCCCCACACGUGAGAUGCAGAUGGGAAGUGGCAGUGCGGGAGUGGCAGGUGGCCGGACGUCCGUUGAACGGGCAGUGUCACGGUGGGAUUUCUGUCUGGGUCCCCUUUCAUGGUCCCCAUAGCUGAGGCCACCGUGGGCUGAUCUUGCGUGUGCCCUGACUCCCCUGUCUCUCGUGCUGACCUGUGUGGUGGGCCCAGUAAAGGCCAGAAGCACGGAGCUGCCAGUCAAUGCGUGCUGUGUGUGGGCCUCUCAUGGACAGCCAACGCACUUACGCUUACCAGUCUUAACAAUAAAAUCAGAACUCAUAACCACAUCACGUGCUUUCACUAGCAUCUAACGGCUGCUGCAAACUUUUAAAGAUGGUUUGUGGCAUAGACGGCGUGAUUACAUGUUGGGAGCAAGCAAGAACAGAACGGUCAGGUUCAUCAACCAAAAACACCUGAGUAGGCAACUACUGGAGAGAUUUUUAAAUGAUUUGAUGUUACUAGCUAUUUUGAGUUCAAUAAAACCGAUCAAGAAAUA